AUGGCCGGCGGCGGGGCGGCGGCGUGCGCGAGCGACGCGCGGCUGCUGCUGGGCCGGGACGCGCUGCGCCCGGCGCCCGCGCUUUUGGCCCCGGCCGUGCUGCUGGGCGCCGCGCUCGGAGUGGGCCUCGGCCUCUGUCUUGGCCGCCGCGCCGGCCGCCUGCGCCCGCGGCACCAGAAAGACGACGCUCAGAGUCUGCUCAGGAGUUUGGAGUGCGAGGCACGGACGCCCUCGGAAUCCGGCUCCCCGGCGCGGAGGAGGAGGAGGGAAGCCCAGGCGGCGCCCCGGGACGAGGAGGCCCUCACUGAGUGCGAGCCAUCUCUCAACAGCAAUAUCACAGCCUUUGCGCUGAAGGCCAGAGUCGUCUACCCCAUCAACCAGAAGUUCCGGCCCCUGGCCGACGGCUCCUCCAACCCCUCUCUGCACGAGAACUUGAAGCACGUGGUUCUGCCGCACCAGCCCCUGGAGGCCUCCCCUUCCAGCAGCCUGGCCAGCCUGAGCCAGGCCGAGAAGGACGACGCGAGCUCCUCGUCCAGCGUCCACUCGGCCGCCAGCGACGACAGGCUGCUCGGCCGCACCUUCCUCCGUGUGGACAGCUUCCCCGAGCUGCUGGCCUGCGAGAGCGUGGACGUCGACCUGUGCGUGUACAGACUUCACCUCCAGACGCUGCUGUGUGUAGACGCGGCUCUGCGGCAGGAGGCGCGCAUGAUGUUUAUGCAGAUUUUUAGAAUGUGUCUCCUGGACUUCCUUCCGAAAAAGAAGUCUGAGGAUGAGCUGUACCAGCGGAUUCUUUCAAAACAAGAAAACGACUUGGAGGAACUGGAAAAGGAGCUGCAGGCCAGACUGUCCAGCACGGAGGCGCUGGGUGAGGACAUCGCCCUGGCAGAAGUGGAGAAGGAGGAGCGGGAAUUCUCGGAGCAGCUGGUGCAGCACAUGGAAGCUUUCUGGAAGCAGACGGAGAGCAUCCAGCACACCCUUGUGGACCAGCUCAAGUGCUCCAGCGCCAAAGCCCGGCAGCUCGUGGCGACUCUCACGGGGAGAAUGAUUGAGGCCGAAGCGCUGCUGCACGAAUCCCAGGACUGGCAGGCCCUGGACGCCGUGGAGAGGACCAUGGGACGGGCGCACCUGGCCAAAGCUGUGGAGGCCCUGCGGCUGCAGGUGCGGGAAGAGACCAGGUGCCGCCUGGCUGCCAUCUCCCACGGCCUGGAGCUGCUGAGCGCCGAGGGGAAGCUGUCCGCACGCCAGAGGGAGGAGCUGCUGACCCAGCAGCACAAGGCCUUCUGGGAGGAGGCAGAGAGCUUCAGCAGGCAGUUUGUCCAGCGAGGCAAGGACCUGGCCAAGGCAUCCCUGGCUCAGCAGGCAGAGAGGAUGGCGCGGCUCACGCUGGGUCAGGAAGAGGAGCGCAGAGGCUUCCUGGCCGAGGCCCAGCCCACCACCAGCCCAGAGGACUUCCUCAAGGCUUUCCACGAGGUCCUGCAGAGGCAGAGGCUGGCACGCAGCGAGCUGGAGGAGGAGGAGGAGGUCAAAGCCGCCGAGGCCGUGGCUCUCCUCUGUCAGGAGCUGUUCCGCGGCACGGUGCGCACCUUCCAGCAGCUGGCGGACGUGCUGUUCCUGCAGACGCUGCCCCGGCAGGCGGGGCUCCCGGGCGCCGAAUGCGAGAGCUUGCGGCAGGAGGUGCAGGCAAGCGCGGCGCGGCAGCUGGGAAAGUCCGACCGCUUCCGGAAGCAGCAGUGGCGCCUCUUCCAGGAGCUGCUGCAGCAGGACGAACAGGUGUGGAUGGAGGAGUGGGCGCUGUCCGCGGUGCUGCAGACACAGCUGCGGGAAGCCCACGAGAGCACCGUCCUCGGAGCCUUGGGCAGACUCGGCGGCCUCACCGAGGAAGCGGCGCGGGACGUCCUGCAGGGCCACGACCUCCUCCUGCGCUCGGCCCUCCGGAGGCUGGCUCUCCGCGCCGGCGCCAUCGCCACGCUGACACAGAUGCAGCUGUGCGGGAAGAGGAGUCUCCUGCAGGAGCUGCGGGAGCAGCACGCGCUGGAGCAGGCCUCCUCCCAGUGCCUGGACGCGCACCAGUGGCAGCUGCUCAAGGCCCUGGAGGCGCGCGUCUUGGAGGAGGCCGGCCGGCUGGAGGCGGAGGCACAGCAGACGCGGCUGCAGCUCCGGGAGCAGCUCCUGGCCGAGGCCCGGGAGGUGGGGCAGCUGCUCGGGCAGCACGUGGAGCGAGCCAUCGCGCAGGCGCUGCUGGGGCACGCGCACAACGCGGCGUCCAGGAGCCGGGCCAAGGACCGCGACGGCUUCAAGAGGACGCUGCUGGAGGCGGCCGUGGAGAGCGUGUACGUGACCAGUGCCGGCGUCGGCCGCCUGGUGCAGGCCUAUUACCAGCAGGUGGGGCGCGUCCUGCAGGAGCACGGGGAGAGGAGGCUGCAGCAGCUGCACAGCCCGCAGGGUGAGCAAAUGGAAAAUUUCAAGCUGCGAAAGACGGAAGAGGCCGGCGACCCUCCGACAGGAAGCCGGAUGACAGGUGCAGCCCUCGGUGCCUCCCAGGCCGUGCACCACAGGAUGCUGUCACAGCAAACGCGGUUCCUGGCCCAGUUCUCCUCACAGCAGCAGACCCGCCUGGACGCCUGGAAGCAGAAGGCCAGGGCCAGGGACCACCUGGAAGCCCAGCUGGAGACCCAGCUGCAGGAAGCCGAGCAAGACUUCCUGUCGGAGCUGGCCGCCCUGGCCCGCGUGCCGCUCCCUGACAGCACCAAGCGCGAGCUGCCAGAGAAGCCUCUCAGGACCAAAAGGAAGAAGGCCCUGCCCCGGGAGAGAGGGACCCCAGGUGCGCCCCCAGACGAGGAGCCUGCCUCAGGGGAGCAGCCGCCCACUGCGCACAGCGGCAAAACGCUGAGUCAGCAGGAGGGCGACGCUGCCGACGGUGAGAGCGGCAAGAAGUUGCUCAAGAGGAGAAGCCGCUUGUAGCCUGGCCCCCCCCCCCCCCCGGCGGGGGACCGAGCCCAGCCCCCGGCCCAGCUGCACACGGAAGGGAGAGUUGCCAGGGCAGACUGAUCUCCACGCGGCCCCGCAAACUGCACAGCCGAGCGGGGGCUGCGUCCCGGCGCUGUGUCCAGGACCGGAAGCUCUGCGGAGCACCUGCGCUUUCCUGGAAGACACUGCGCUUGGUUUCCAGCCCUGGCCGGGUCCUCUGGGUCUCCUCCUUCCUCGAGCCCCCUCCCCAAGGUAGAGGCCAUCUCCUGCCGGCCUUGGCGCCCCCUGCUCAGCAGGGUUUCUGGCUCAGCAAGCUUGCUGCUGGGUCCUUGUCUCUGCCACCGCCAUCUCACUGCUCCCUCCCUCGCCUGCACACUGGCCAUGGCUGCCAGUGUUCCCAUCCGGAGCCUCCCCAGCUCUGGUCCCUUCCCUGGCUCUUGCCAGAUCACCCCGUGGGGAUCUGAGUCGGGGGCUCAAAGACCCUGAUGCACUCUGGAGUCUCUGGUCCCUGGCUCCCCUGGGGACCCACAGUCACAGCUGCGCGGUGGCACUCACCCAGCCUUCCAGCCUCACCUGGGGUGGGGGCAGGGCCCUCCUGGGUACCCUGGGCCCCUGGGGUGGGCCUGAGGACAUCCAGAGACUUCUAGGCCAGCCCCACGCAAGCCACUGCCAGGAGGGUCCUUCUCCAUCUGCAGACAAAGCUGCCGUUGGCCCCAGCACCCGGGGCAUUCAGGGUAAGACCAUUCUUCAGGGUGCGGAAGCUGCAGGGCCAAGAUGGAGUUGCCUACGUCAAGCCCAACCCAAGACAGAGCCAGGGGGUCACGAGGGGCGGGCAUGGGAGCCAGCGCCAAGACUCCCAGGAGGCCACUGGGCGCAGUGUGUGUGUGAUGACGCCGGCCGGAAGCUGCAGCUCAGUCGUACGCGUGGGGACAGCUCCUGCAGCCGGCGGUGCCAGCAGUGAGCCGCCAGCCUCCAGGACCUGCGAACUCGCCCCGCAGCAUCUCCUGGGGCCCCGCCCUGCCCGCACGCGUGUCCUGGGUCAGUGCCCUGCUCUUCCCCGAAUAAACCUGCUUGUUUUCAGAGCUGCUGUCUCAGC